UGUACCAAUUAAAACGAGGCUGAGACAAAUUUGAUUGGUAGUUAACUUGACCUUGAGAAGGACAACCGCGGUCAAUUUUGUAUCUUUGUUUUCAAUAUGGGCUAUUGAUUGGUAGCAAUCUAUAAACUAUUACUUGAUCCGCAAUGGCAUCUCCUUUGCUCGCGAAGGUUGGUACGUGCAUUGUACAUUCUGCUUUGGGCUCGCAAACAUGUACUUUGGACUCAUUCUGGCGAGAUCAAACAUGUAUUAUUACAUUCUUUCGUCGUUUGGGAUGUAAAUUUUGCCGACUAGAAGCUAAAAAUUUGAGUCAUUUAAAACCUGCUUUGGAUGCACGCAAUAUUAAAUUAAUGGGAAUUACAUUCGAUGAAGGUGGUGUAAAAGAAUUUGUAGAUGGACACUAUUUUGAUGGAGAUCUUUAUUUAGAUCCUGAACGUAAGACAUAUAAAGCUUUAGAAUAUAAAAAGGUCUCCGCCUGUUCUGGUUUCUGUUCUUUACUGACGAAAGCUGGCCGUUCUUUAAAUUCAAAGGCAAAGGCUGCUAAUAUACCUGGUAAUAUGACUGGCGAUGGUUGGCAAACUGGUGGACUUCUUGUGGUUGAAAAAGGUGGUAAAGUUCUCUAUCAUUUUGAACAGAAAGAAGUUGUAAAUCAUCCUGAUUAUAAGCAAAUUAUUGAUGUUUUGAAAAUUAAUCCUAAAGAUGUACCAGAAUUUGCUACUGUUUUAUCACAAGAAUGUGAUGAUGCUUGUAAAAUGUGAAUGUAGUCUGAUAUUUGAAACUAUUCAGUGAAGAAGUAAUGCUCAUUAUGUGAAGUUCAACUUCCUAAUCUUUUUCUUUAAAAAAAGUUUUUUUUUGGUUUAUAGUACUUUUUUGUUUGUUAUAGUGAGUUUUAUUCCAUCCUAUUGAACUUUUAUGGAUGUAAUAGUUAUCUUAUAUUGAAUAUUGUAUUAAGUUGUAUGUUUUAAUUAGACUCUAUGUUAUACAAUGGGUUUUUCAUUAUUUCAAAUUUGUUAUUCACUAUUAACUGAUGAGAUAAUGAAGAAUACAAUGUUUGAACGAGUUAA